AUGAAAAUCGAUAAACUCAAAGUGAAGCAUGUGAGGCGUUGGCAGUGCCACGUAUUUGUCUGCAUUUUUAUGUUCCUGUACCUUUGGUUCUUCAGGGAGCCUAAUUAUUUUAACUUGCCGACGCCUACCCAUCAGCGUUUCACAUAUUACAUCCAAUUUUUCUUGCCACUCAAACUCGUGGGAUUAGCUUUUGAGGUGAAAGAUGCUACAUUGAAGUGCAGGAAAGCUUCCAAGGAAGAAUACGAACAGAUCCCUUACCAUGAGAAGGAACUAGCUGAGAUAACUCUCAAGAACAUCUUUGGUUACUGUUUCAACUACGUAUCAGUCUUUUCAGGACCGUAUUUCACCUACAGAACUUACAGGGAUUCCUUUGUGGAGAAGUACUCGUCCGAUGAGAAGCUUGCAGAAGCUUGCGAUAGCAAUACUGUGGAAACGUUUAAAUCCAUCGUGAUUGUAAUUGUUCUAUAUGUCCUGCUAAGUUAUUUAUGGCCUCCUAGAAGAAUUUUCGAGGAUGAGUUUUAUACAGAUCAGUCAUUCAUUUUCCGAUUGUGGUACAUGUGUCUAGUAUGCUUUAUUAAUCGGAUGAAACUAUAUUUCGGUCUGAUUGUCAGCCAGUGCGUAUGUUCGGCUGCCGGAGUUGGAGCCUAUCCAUCUGUCUUUCAAUCAACUCCUGGACAAGGUCCAAGGACUAAAGAUCCUCAACUUUUGGAAAAUUGGGACGGGACCUACGACUUCAAUACCAUCAAGAACUGCGAUAUUUAUACCGUAGAAACCUGUUGGACCUUCCAGGAACUCGCAAAGUGUUGGCACAUGAGUAUUCAAUACUGGUUAUACGUGAAUGUAUAUAAGCGAGUUCCGAACCGGAAGCUCCGCGUAGGAGUUACUUUCUUGGUCUCAGCAUAUUGUCAUGGAAUUGAUCCUGGAAACUACUUUACAAUUGCUAUAUCUAUCUUGUACAUUACCAUUGAGAAUCUCUGCCUCGAACGACUGAGAUCUUCCUUUCCCAACGUUUCUUUCUGGCUCAAAGGCUGCAUGUGGACUUUCAAGAAUUUUGCUCUAUCCUACAUGUUUAUUUCCGGUCACCUUCUCACGUUACCAAGAAUUUGGAAAUACUACAAUUCUGUCUUUCACUUUGGCUUUAUCUUCUUUAUUUGUCAAUAUGCCCUGGCACUUUUCUGGCCAAAGAUUUCCAUAAUGAUCUUUGAAAGGAGGGAAAGGGAAAACAAGGAGAAAAUCAAUGAGACUUCUUGA